AAUUACUAUAACUGUGUAUUUAUGCAUAUAAAUAUACUCUUAGCCAACCCUCUCCAAACAACACACUUCUCUCCAUCUUUGCUUACAUUCACCACAGUUUUUCUCUUUCAGAUACCAAGCUCAACAUGGAAAAUCUUCUCCUUCCCGUUUUUGCUUUACUCAGUCUUGCUCUGGUGGCAACCCAUGGUGCUUUGCCUCCUGAAGUUUACUGGAAGUCGGUGCUUCCCAAUACACCAAUUCCAAAAGCUGUCACUGAUAUUCUUCAUCCUGAUUGGGUUGAAGAGAAAAGCACAGCAGUGAACGUUGGAAAGGGAGGGGUAAACGUGCACACAGGAAAGGGAGGUGGCACCAAUGUCAACGUUGGAGGAAAAGGUAGAGGAGUUUCAGUGAAUACAGGUCACAAGGGAAAGCCAGUGUAUGUUACUGUUGGACCAAAAUCGCCAUUUUCAUACAAUUACGCUGCCACAGAGACCCAAUUACACGAUGACACCACAGUGGCACUCUUCUUCAAGGAAAAUGACUUGCAUUAUGGAAAAAAAUUGAACCUGCACUUCACUGCAAGUUCCAACCAAGCCACCUUCUUGCCACGCCAAGUUGCAGAUUCAAUACCCUUUUCAUCCAGAAAGGUGGACGAUGUCUUCACCAAGUUUUCCAUCAAACCCGAGUCAGAGGAGGCUAAUGUCGUGAAGAACACUCUUAGUGAAUGUGAAGAUACCGGUAUCAAGGGUGAGGAAAAGUACUGUGCCACUUCACUCGAGUCCAUGGUUGAUUUCAGCACUUCCAAGCUUGGAAAAAACCUUGUGGUUUUGUCCACAGAAGUGGACCAAGAAACGGGGUUGCAGCAAUACACCAUAGCACCCGGAGUGAAGAAGAUAUCAGGGGAUAAAGCUGUUGUGUGCCACAAGCAGAAUUACCCUUAUGCUGUUUUUUACUGCCACAAAACUGAGACCACCAGAACUUACUCUGUGCCUUUGGAGGGUGCUAACGGGAUCAGAGUUAAAGCUGUGGCAGUGUGCCACACUGACACAUCGCAAUGGAACCCCAAACAUUUGGCCUUUCAAGUGCUCAAGGUUAAACCAGGAACUGUUCCUGUCUGCCACUUUCUUCCUGAGGAUCAUGUGGUUUGGGUUCAAAAGUAGAUUUGCGUCGAAGUUCUUUUAUCAUCUUCCAGAAUAACUAGUUUCAGUAGCAUCUGCUACUUGCUCCAUGCAUGCAUGUAUUGUACUAUGUAGUUUUCUUCAUAUGCAUAAUUUUCUCUUGUUUGUUUAGAUACUUUAAGUGGCUUAUGUAUAAACUAUGAUGAUGCACUGUGUGUUUUAAUAGUGAAUUGAUAUAGAUGCCUUCUCUUACUGGUU